AUGGAGGUCUACUGGGUGUUGAACGUGACGAGAGGCAUCGCAGUCAGUCUCGAACUGCGACAGACUCUCAAAGGUCUUCCCGUGGCUUCCAUCGGCCCCGUUCCGUUCUCAAAACUAUCUUCUCCGGACAGUCCUCAAAGGGCGACCCAAAGACACGGACUCGAGUUUCUGACACGAGACACUAGGAGUUUAGCAUGGACGAUCCAGUGUUGCUGUGAUCCAGUGUUGCUCGGCGGACCGGUUUUCAUUGGAUCAUUACUCGCAUACUUGUUAUACGGGGCCUUGCUCGUGCAAUUCUUUCACUACCUCUGCGAGCUUCCUUCCAAGGCGUCAUGGGCCGGUCCAGCUGUCGCUGGUUUGGUGGUUAUUGUGGAGACAUUCAGUGUCUGUUUCAUUGCACAAAUGGGAUGGUCGACCGUCGUUAUCCCCCUUCGCGGGUCGUCUGUCGACAAUCUUUCCGAGUUCCCCGCGUCUUCAAGCUUGAAUCCCGUUUUGAACGGACUUGCUGCGUGCGUUGUCCAGCUCUGCUUCGCCCACCGAAUCUGGAGGCUUUCUCGGUCAAGUUGGGGGAGAUAUGUCGCAGCUAUUGUCGCUUUUCUGACUGCCUCCCAAUUCGCCGACACAAUCGUUAUCGCAUUUUCGAGACUGAAUAACCGGCUAUUAGAUAGCUCCAAGGCUAGAACGAUGCAGAUUAUAGUUGCGGUUUAUCUUGGUGUCACACUCACGUGCGAUAUCAUGAUUACCGUCGCAAUGAUCUUGAUAUUGAGAAGAUACAAGAAGUUAACGACUAUCCACUCCAUGAAGCGCAUCCUGAAUACCCUCACGGUCCAUACGAUUGAGAAUGGUUUGGUGACUAGUAUUUGUGCUGCAGUGAAUCUCGUCCUGUAUUUCGCUCGACCAGGCGAUGCUAUCCAUAUCGUCUUUCAAUUCAUCAUAGGAAAAUUACAUGCCAAUGUCCUCCUCGCGCACUUGAAUCACCAAAUAGUCGUCCGAAACGCCGCCGCCACGGAGACCAUAGAGCUUUCAGCUCGAGAAAGAGCUCCUGGAACGGUGUUCAGUGCGAAUGUCGCAGUCUCGUAA